CUUGCAAGCGUUUGGUUGUCUGAUCGCGUCGUCGUCGUUCGUUCAGUUCAGUCUACAUAGAAGUUAAAGCUGCAACACGCGCUUGCAACAACUCGAGCAGCAUUGUUGACAAUAUAAUAAAACGUGCAACGCUAUGCAUGUAUAGGUGUCUCUCUCUAGCUGUGUGUGUGUGUGUUGGUGUAUUUUUUAAGGUGGCACUAUUGUUUGUAGCUGUUGCAACCGCCCGCUACUUUGGGCCACAUGUUAGGCAAUAACAAUAACAAUACAGUAGCCAAGCCAAAGUCUAGUUACAUUUUAUAGGCCAACUUUAGGCAAAUUGGAGCGCCUAACUCUUGAAACUUAUACACAUAACAAUAUUUAAAGUGUGCAGCAACUGCUGCUACCAACAAAAGGUCAACACAACUUUCAAAACCAAAACACUUGUGGAAAGUGACGGCAGCCAACACAUUUAUUUGUUAAGCAACAAUUGCAGCAGCAGCAAACAAAACAAAACAGACACAACAUGCAGCCGAGGAUCACAUUUGUGCUGAUUGUCUUUUGCGGAUAUUUACUGUUCACGGAUUGCCAGGAAACAACGCGCUCGAAACGCACAAAGCGGCCGCGUGCACCGGAGCCGGUGAAUUUUGAGCCGGAGCCGCAGCAAGAUCUGGAGCAUGAUGAAGAGCACGAUGGCAGCCAGGAGAAGGAUGCGCCGGAAAUACCAGAGAAUUUUUUAAGCCCCUCGGUGCGUGAAUAUCUCGAAUUGGGCAAAUCCAUACCGGGUCGUCCUGGCGUUGACUAUCCCAUACUAUCGGCCAUGCCCUAUACGAAUUUCUACUGCGAUGAGCAAAGCUAUCCCGGAUUCUUUGCCGACAUGGACACCAGAUGUCAAGGUUGGCACUACUGCGACAUCGAUGGACGCCAGGCCUCAUUUCUCUGCCCCAAUGGCACACAAUUCUCUCAGGCUGUCUUUGUCUGCGAUUGGUGGUUCAAUGUACGCUGCGAUCUCUCGCCACGUUUGUAUGCAAUCAAUGCUCGUUUAUAUCAGCGGCCCAAGGUGAAUCCGACGCGACCACAUCGCAUCAUAACCAAGCAGUUGGUUGAAGAUAUAUUCACUUGAUCUGUAUUACACACACGCACACACACACAUAGACUUAUUUAGUUUGUCCGCAUGCCUAUUAGUUGUUAAAUUCAUUUAUUGUAAAUUUAUUUACUUGUGCUUUAGACCGUAUGUUCAUUAAUUUCAUUGCAAAAUGCUUUUGCUCAUAA